GCACGAGCUCACGGUGCGCACUUUGUUGUGUAUCAUUUGUCGUUGAAGUCACGCUAAGAUCCGAUCCAUUUAUCUCUUUGUAUAUUUCUUCCGCUACUUCUUCCUCAAAUUGUGAAACCCUCAAUUAACUUCACUUUGGGAUUUUUCACCUCACACAUUUCUUCUCCAGUUUCUUCUUAUUCAACGAAAGAUAAAAAAAUGCCGCUCUCAGAAUUUCGUAAGAAAAAGCUGCUCUUCGUUUUCAAUACAUUCUUUGAUGUCAACGAGAGUGGCACAAUCGACAAGAAGGAUUUAGACCUCGCAGUUCAAUCAAUUUGCUCUUCAAGAGGAUGGGCAACUGACAAUGCAAAAUUGGAACAGACUAAGGGAACACUGUUGAAAAUUUGGGAAGGUUUGAAACAAGGAGCCGAUUCGGAUCAGGAUGGUCAGAUCAGUCGAGAUGAAUGGUACAUGAUGUGGGAAGAAUACGCAAAGGAUCCAGAUAAUUCACCUGAAUGGCAAAAGAUCUAUAUGAAUUUUGUUUUUGAUCUUGAAGAUACGUCAGGCGAUGGAUCAAUUGACGAAUCAGAAUUCUGUGUCGUUUGCAGAAAUCACGGAGUUACCGAUAGCGAAGCUCGGGAGGCCUUUAAAAAAUUACAAGUUGGCAGCGAAGUCAAUCGCGAGAAAUUUCUGAUACUCUGGAAAGAUUACUUCACCUCCGAUGAUCCAAAUACACCGGGAAACUUCAUAUUUGGAAAAACGUCAUUUUAAUUUUUUUUUAAUUUACUAUACUAUCGAAAUAAAUUUAAAACAAAAAAUUCCUUUUAGUGUAAUGAGACUAUUCAAUUAAUUUCUUCAUAUUGUUUUGAGUUUUUUUUGUCAAAAUUACUUUACUGACUCAUUGGAUACAUAUCGCUAGUCGAUAAUAUUGAAGGAUUUAACAUCUUUGAUAAAUUAUUAUUUAUCUAUUGAUGUACCUAAUAUUGUAUUUCGAUACAAAAAAGAGAAAGAAACAAAAUAAAAAUAUCAGAGUAUUAUUGCGAGAGUAAUAUAUAUAAAAAAAAUAUAUAUAUAUUUAAGAAUGAUUACAGUCGUUUGGUGUCGUUCAAUUAGGGAAUAUAGUCUCGAGUGUUUUCUGUCAAUUGCAUCAUUCGUUGUAAAGCACUUGUCAGUGCAAAUGUAUAAAUGGUUGUAAUAUCAUGUAAAUGUAACACUAUUUAUAAUUAGAGUGUAUCAAAAUAAUAAUAACAAUUUUUUCUCACGUUAAUAAUUCGUUUUUUAACACGAAGUUGGAAAAUUACGUUUACCUAAGUUGAGAUACACUGCGUACACUAAGAGUGGGGGAAGCGCGUUUACCAAUCGCUAUUCGUGAUCCUCACUUUUUUGGCUGCGCGCGCAUUAUUCUCAACUUACGGAGCCUAUUUUUUUAAACAGAUUACAGAUAGCUUAUGAAAAAGAGAUGAAAAAUAACUUUUCAUAAAAAUGAAAAAUAUUGAAAUUAAAAUUUUUAAUUCAUGAAUUAGUUUUCUUUCUAUUGAUUCUACGAAUUUUAUAAAUAUAUUUAAUUGUAGAUUAUAAGAAGUGAAAUGAUAAUACAGAAAGUAUAAUAUGAAAAACGAAUCUAAAGAAUUAAAAUAUGGGCGAAUUUAUAUUUUGACACACUCUAAUUUUUUAUCUAGUUCACGGAAUCUAGUGUCGCAAGGUUCUAAUUUGUUUAUCAUUUUUCAUAAUUAUUUUUUUUAUAAUUAGUUAAAAUAAUGUGUCUUCUUUGUAAUUUUAUUUAUUUAAAAUUUUAGUUAUUUAACAAUUAGAAUUGUAAAAUAUUUUUUAUCAUUAUGAGGAGAAAAUUGACGACGAAAAAUAAUUGAAUUUUUAUUUUUUUCAGUAUCUUAGUUAUGGAAUAUUCAUUUUUGUAAAAAAAUGUUAAUUUUCCUAAAAAUGAAAACAGAAUUUUAAAAUAGUUCAAAUUAUUUAUUUAUCUGAAGGUAUUUUAAAUUUAAGAAACAAUAUUUAAACAUUUUUUUUUAAAUGAACGAAUUUUCCUAUUUGAAAAUAAAUUAGAAUAUUUAGACUUGCUGAUCGAGCAGCAUAAAAAAAUCACGGAGAAAAACAGAGUUCCUUAUUAAUUCAAAAACCUCUAAGAGGAUAUUUUCCAAUUUCUGGUAGAAUAUGAAGAAAAAUAAUUAUUAUACACAUUGUUCACAAUUGUUCAAUUUUAAGAAAAAUUCAAUUAUCACAACUAUGUGAAUUAUCAUUAAAGUCAAAGUAAAAAAAAUCAAUAAAUAUACAUCAAUUAAUAAAUGAAAUAUUCUACACGAAAGAGUAUUUUUCGAAAAGUCAAUAUUGAAGUGAAAUGUAAAAUAAAAAUAUGUAAAAGUAAAGAAUGCAAUUUUUAACAUUACUUUGAUAUAGCAGAAAUAACAGCUUUAAUUAAAGUUAAUAAAUUAUAUAUGUUACAUUUUUAAUUUAUUUUAAUUUUUAAUAAUUACAAUUUUUUAGUUACAAAUUAUGUUUAAAUAAUUACUAUUGUUGUAAAUUUUAAAAAAUUAAUUUUUAAUUAAAAUAAAUGGAGUAGUUUUUAAAUGUCUAAAAAAAGUGACUUUAAAAUUUUUAAAAAGAAUGGAAAUUUUAUGUUUUUUUAGUUUGGACUUAAUGUGAUUAAAAAUAAAAAAAAAAAUAUAUAUAUAUAUAUAUAGGUAUGUGAAAGUUAUAAAAAAAAUAUUGUCUCAGUAAUUCGACUUCCUGUUUAAAAUAUUUAGUUCAAUAUAUUCGUUAUUGAACACUGCCAAAUUUAAAACAAAAAUUCUACGCAGUGAAUUUUAGAAACAAGAAAUAUUUUUCCAUUGUAAAUAAUACUGCAGUCCAUAUAAUAUAUUUGUUAAAUAUUUUCUCUGUAUAUCUUUCUCUAUCUAAAUAGGGCAAAUGCUGUUUGAAAAUUCGUUGAUCGUACAACAGUAAAAGUGUUAAAACAAAAAUAAUCCACAUAACAUUCUCAAUGGACAUUUUGUUGUGCAAUUAUUAUUCAAAUAAAAAUUUUAGUGAAAUUUACUACAAUGUUUGGUAAAAAAUUUCAUUAUAGUAAAAAUUCCCAUAAGAUAUGGUAAAUUCUAUACUACAAUAUUGGAUAACAUUUAUAAUAAUUUUAAUAAAAAUCUAUAUUAAAAGUUUUGGUAAAAUUUACCACAGAUGUUUAGGAAAAUUUCCUAUAUUAAAGUAUGGUAAAUUUUACAAUUAUGUAAAAUCUUUUUAUAAAUUUUCGUAAAAUUCACUAUAGAAAGUAUUUUAAAAUCUAUUAUAAUAGUGUUUGAUAUAAUUUCCUAUAAGGUAUGGUAAAUUUUACUGAACUUCAGGGUAAAAUGUGCCAAACUUUUUUUUUAAUGAACAAAUGUUUCCAUGUGGAUAAUUAGAAAAAAAAACUGUACUACAUCAUAAAUUAUGAGAUCUCUAAAUUAUUUGAGCAAAAAAAAUGUGCAGGACUCUUUAAUAAUAAUAAUAAUAUGCAUGUUUGUUGUAAAUGUAACAAUUAUGCACGAGAUUAAACAAAACAGAUCAACUCACAUGCAUAUUUUUUUUCUUUUUGCUUCAACGAAGAAAAUUUGUAUUAUUAUAUAUAGUUUAUCGAACCGUUAUUAUCUUCUCAUGUAGAUUACAAUUAUUUGUUAAAUGGAUGAACAUAAUUGGUAAUAUGUAAAUCAAUAAAUGUUAUAUUAAUUGGGUA